CCUUGUACAGUAGGACUUCUGUGCGUGGCCUACGCAGUUUAGCGCAAGGUGAUAGUCUAACGAUGGGCUUAAUCUAUCAUCUGUCCAUGACUCUUUGUGUAGUCAUUCUUCUACAUUUCCUGGUUUCCUGCUCAGCAGCUUGCACGACAGACGAAGACUGCUCGUAUAUGGGGAAGUGUAGUGAAGGUGUUUGCAAGUGUGAUCCCGGUUUUCGAGGACCAACAUGUGCUCACAUUGAUAACCACACCAUUCCUAUCAAGUCUGGCUUUAAGUCGGACAAGUUUUGGAUUUGGGGCAGCCAGGUUGUAUUUGUCGAUGGAGAAUACCACAUGUUUGCUGCUAUAUUUCCCAGGAAUUUAUCCUUUGGCAACCACUGGCUGACGAAUGGUCAGAUAGCCAGAGCUACAAGCAAGACACCAAUCGGGCCAUAUCAGUUUGUCGAAAUAGUUCUCCCUUAUCAUAUGUCCACUACUAAUCAACAAUAUUGGGAUAGAUCAUGUAUGAACCCAAAGAUCAUUCAAGCAAAAGAUGGCACAUUUCUGUUGUAUUACACGGGUGACACAUACAACGGAUCGACGCCAACACAAUUGCAACCUUCACACAGUGAAAAUGCUCAAGAAACACAAAGAGUCGGAUUGGCAUAUGCACCAAAAAUUACAGGACCCUGGUCUCGGCUGCCAGACCCAAUUAUUUCUCCUCGACCUGGCAAAUGGGAUGAUAGAAUGACAACAAAUGUAGCUGUGACUGUACUGAAGAAUGGCACAAUUCUUGCAGUAUACAAAGCAUCAACUCCUCCAGGGUCAGAGAGACAGAGUACUGUGUGUAUUGGGGUUGCAUCUGCUCAGCAUUGGAAGGGACCUUACAUUCGUCUUCAAGAUGAUCCUAUUCUUCCUUGCCCUAAAAAUUCUUUCAAUUUUGAAGAUCCAAGCAUUUGGUACGAUCAGAAGUCAGAUACAGUGCACAUGUUUGUCAAAAACUUUCGAGGUACGGUGACUCAUGCAGGAUAUUCUGGUGCACAUGCUUAUUCAAAGGACAAUGGGCACACUUGGCAGUUUACCAGUCCACCAUUAGCUUACAGCACCGUCAACACAUGGAGUGAUGGUAAAAUAAGAAAGCAGUCAAGGAUGGAAAGACCAGAAGUCUUGCUUGAUAGCAAUGGACAUGUCAGUCAUGUUUUCUUUGCCACUGAUAUGGGAUUGGAAGGGCCUGAAUGGUGGAACAUGGUCAUACCAGUACAGUCCACAUCCACCAAAACAUUUAGCUAAAAGAGAAUUACUUCUAACUGUUUAUGCACGUAAGCAUUAAAAUGUUUUUUAAUUAAUUAAGAUUAUGAGCAACUAAAAAUUUGUAUUCAUGUAUAUGUAUGCUGCAGCUGUGUCAAAUUUUGAAUUGUUGUGUGACA